ACAUAAAAGAUGUAUCUAGCUAUGUAAGCUAAGUCUUUUUUUCCGGAUAUGACUCUAUCAUCUGUCUAAGUAUGCUAAAUGGAGAACACUUGAAAGUACAUUUUAUUUUAGCUUUAGUAAUGAAAAACGUGAUUCAAAAUAAGUGAUACAUUAGGAUUUAUGUAGCUUAAUUUCUUUGUGUGACCAGAAGGCGAUGUUUGCAUUCAACGCUGACAUUAAAAUUAUUUAAGGUGAUGUAAUUAGUAUGGAUGUGAACGGUAUUGUGAUAAUGUGUUGGGUUUUAGUCUUUAUCAUCUUGUCACAGGAAACUUAUGUUAAAGCUAUACGAGAUAAUCACGUUUGUCACGAGUCUGGGACGUGUGUGAACUGUAGCAACCGGAAUCUUUCGUACGUUCCGACACUACCUGAAAACACAGAAUGCCUGAUAUUUGAAAAUAACACAUUACCAAAUGUUACGCAAGGAACAUUUAGUAACGUGAGUAAACCUGAAAACAUGUUGCAAUUACAUCUUUGGCAUAAUGGCAUCACCUUUCUAUCAAAAUAUGCCUUCGCUGGAUUUACCCAUCUGAAAUACUUGGAUUUAUCUGGAAAUAAAGUUAAGAAUGAUGAAAUUAAGCUACUUCUUGGGAGUACUUCCUCAAACAAUCAUCUAAAAACCUUAAAGUUAAACUCGAUGAUGAAUUUGUUGAUUCAAGAGGAUACGUUUUCACUGAUGAAUGAAACCCAGCUUACUGCUAUUCAUCUUAUGGACAACAAUAUAAGAAAUUUUUCUCAGAGCAUAUUGAAAAAGCUGCUUAACAUCAGGACUCUUGUUCUGGAUAUCAAUUUACUACAGGAUUUGCAAUUUCCGGAAAUGGUUAAUCUGUUUGAACUGAGACUGAACCGUAAUAGGUUUUACCGUGUUCCAAAUUUUUGUUCGACAGACACAGAUUCUUCGUCUUUAGUGCCUAAUUUAGGCCAUUUACAACUCAAUUAUAACAAAAUAUCUAGUAUCACCGACAGUACGUUUCAGUGUUUAAGAAAUCUAACGCAUUUUGGUAUAGAAGGAAAUUUUUUAUCUCUGAUUCCAAACGGUGUUCUGUCACGAACUCCUAAUAUUAUUCUUUUCAAUGCAGACCAAAACACCGGACAUAAAGCACAUAUUGAGCCUAGGGCUUUUAUAUCACAAACGUUACAAAUUCUUGAAAUUGGCUUUGACGGUGCUGCGCAAUCGAUAUUCGUUUCUAUUUCAGAGACGUUUAAGCAUUCACCUAACCUAACAACAUUAGAAAUUAAUUAUAUCGAUAUGUUUAAUUUGUCAGAUACAUCUUUGUCUAAACUCCUUUUGCCUCUGACAAAUUUGAGAUACUUUAAAUGUUAUAUGUGUCAGAUUAAACAUGAUCCAAUAGUCUUCCUUGAAAACAAGCACUAUUUAACCAAGAUAGAUCUAAAAUCGAAUGAGAUUAAAACAGUCAGCGGUGACACAUUUAGAAAUAACAUUUUCUUAAAAAAGUUAUACUUAAGUCGGAACAAAAUUAGUCACAUGAAAGAAUCAAAGGAGUUCUUAGAUAAGUUAGAGGUUGUAGAUCUUUCAAUGAAUCCUUUUGUGUGUGAUUGCGAGUUGCAAUGGUUGAUAUCAUGGUUUCAGAGUAAUCGCCAUACAAGGAUUUCUCACCCUAACAGAUACACAUGUUCUUCUCCAUCAAAACUGGCAGGGACGCAUAUGGCAAAUAUCAAAUUUACCUACAGGCAAUGUCAUCCAUUUAGUACUAUGGAAUGGUUCGGUAUGAUAGGUGGACCAAUAUUUCUUGUAAUAGUAAUUACGUCCGUUGUCAUAUAUCGCAAUAGAUGGAAUAUAAAACAUUACAUAUAUCUUAUGAGAAAAAGACGGAACUAUAUGCCAGUGGGCGGAGAUAUUUACGCGUAUGACGCAUUUGUUGCUUAUAACCAAGACGACUCAUUGUGGAUUCGGGUACAUCUUAUUCCAGUCUUGGAAGAAGGACACAAUUUGAAACUAUGUGUACAUGAGAGAGACUUCCAUGUUGGCGCUUUUAUCAAUGAUAACAUUGUAAACUGUAUUGGUGAAAGUAAACAGAUUAUACUGAUUAUGUCUAAUGCAUUUGCCACAAGCGGUUGGUGUAUGUUUGAAUUGAAAGUUGCUCUCUCAAAACAUAUUGAAGACGGAACAAAAGUCAUCCUUAUUAUACUAGAGAAAAUACAAAACCGAAACAUGAGUAAGUCGUUGAAAAUUCUCAUGGAAACAACGACCUAUAUUGAAUGGACUGAAGAUCAUGCUGGGCAAGACCUUUUCUGGAACAAGUUAAAAGACGCUUUAGGAAUUUAGAAACAUCUGGAAGUGUCAGGGCCAUAUAACAGCAAAAUGAAAUUUCAUGUUAUAUUUAAACCAUUAUGUAUAUAUAAUAUUAUAUUGUAUUAUAUAGAUUUAAAUCCUGAUUUUCCAACAAUUUUCCUAAUCUUUAUUUUAUCUGUAGAAAUGUUGUAUCAUGUUAUGCAUAUUUGAAUAAAAAUACUUUUUAAACUUAACAA